UAGUCCCCCACACACAUUUUAAAGCUGCUGUGAACCAUUUUCCAGAAACCAAAGCGUCAGAUCCGAGUUUCCCAACAGCCCUGGGCUGGAGUCACCUAUUAUGCAAAGCCAACGCAUUACUUCCUUAAAUAUGGGCAUCAUCUUUCUAUUUUCUGACCUUGCACCCUCAACAUUCCCAAAUCUCUUUUAAGUCAAACCAACAGUCAUUUUGUCAGAUGUAAAAAAUGUACAGAGCACGUGCGUGGGGAUGCUCUGAUGUCAACAACAGGCAAAAACUUGAGCAUUUGGAGAUCGCUUAAUCCCUGAUAUUGCGUAACGGGCCUUGAUACAAACAUAAAUAUCUGCUAAGCAGUCUUCCCAUGUUUGCUUCUUUGGGGACGGAGGCUGCUGGUCAGGAAGCGGGCGCCAGCAACGUCCGUCUCCUCACAAUCCCCCCGCCGAAGCCGAGGGCGGCGGCUCGCUGGCCUGGGGACCGGACGGGCUUCGGCUCCCCUUGGUGGGCCCGCGGGGGCCGGCUCUCCCGGCCCUCCUCACCUCUCUUGUCCAGGAGCCACAUGAACGCGAAGCAGGGCAGGAAGCCGAUGGGCCCCCACAGCACGAGUAGCGCGAUGUCCCAGCUGGAGAAGCCGUAGGCCUGGCGCGCCGAGUUCUGGAUGGGGCCCCAGGUGUUCCAGACCAGGCCCUGCGCGAACGCCAGCAGCGAGAAGAGCAGCAGCACAAGCCAGCGGCGCCCGUACACCCGCCCGGGAACCGGGGCCGCCUCGGGCAGCGCCGCCGCUGCCGCCUCCCGGCUUCUCCAGGCAGCUCCCGGCGCAGGCCCGAGCCCGGGCCCCAGCAGCGGCUGCCGUUCCUCCUCGUUGCUCCAGCUGGAGCCCAUGACGACACGCGGCCCGCGGGGCCCGUGCCCCGCGUUGUCCAGGUGGCCGUCGACCAGCCCGGCGCUGACCGCCGGGACAGCGGAGACAGAGGUUACUAUGCUCGCUCUCGGCCUCCCGGCCGCGCCUGGUGCGCCUGGUGCGCGUGCGCCGCGCGAGCCGGCUCGGGGGUGGGGGGCAGGGAGGGGGGGCAGGUGCUGCGCUCCGGGAGGCGGCUGGGGAGCCCCACAAGGCGAGAGGAAAUCGAGCAGCCACGAAAACCAGAUGGACUCAUGUUGCUGCCGCAAGGGCAAGAGGAGUGGAAGAAAAGCGGGAGCUCUCCCGGUGUCCAAGGCUGGUAUGAGCGGCUGCAAGGUAAGCGGACAGUCACAUUGCACUGCCCGCAGCUACAAAAAAGCAGACCUCCUAAAACUCCAAUACCGUUGGGUGGAGGAAAGCGCCACAAAGGAAAGGAAAAACGUGAUUAUAAAACGAGGAGACGCAGAAACAAAGGGAAGAAACGACUACAUUGGAAAAAUCCUAAACUCCGGUUUCUUUCUUUUCCUAGGUAAACGUGUCAAACCUUUUACUCCAGAGAAAGCAAAAGAAAUUAUAAUGUCUUUACAACUACCAGCAGUCUUCUGUAACAUGGUUUCUGAUUGGCCAGCACAACACUGGACCGCUAAACACCUUUCAGAGGUCCUUUGUGGCAAGAAGAUACGAUUCAGGAUGGGAAUGAAAAGCAGAGGUACAGUUCCUCAGUUUGAAACUACAUGCAGUUACAUAGAAGCCACACUUGAAGAGUUUCUGACCUGGAACUGUGACCAGUCUAGUAUUUCAGGACCAUUUAGAGAUUAUGAUCAUUCCAAAUUCUGGGCUUAUGCUGACUAUAAAUAUUUUGUCAGUCUAUUUGGAGACAAGACAGAUAUUUUCCAGGAUGUGAGGUGGUCUGACUUUGGGUUUCCUGGAAGAAAUGGACAGGAAAGUACCUUAUGGAUCGGCUCCAGGGGGGCCCAUACACCCUGUCAUCUGGAUUCCUAUGGUUGCAAUUUAGUAUUCCAGGUACAAGGAAGGAAAAGAUGGCAUCUUUUUCCUCCUGAAGAUACUCCUUUCCUUUAUCCAACUAGAAUCCCUUACGAAGAAUCCAGCGUGUUCAGUAAAGUCAAUGUUGUCAAUCCUGAUUUAAAACGUUUUCCCCAGUUCUGGAAAGCUCGAAGACACAUGGUUACGCUGAGCCCAGGACAGGUUCUGUUUGUUCCCAGACAUUGGUGGCAUUAUGUAGAAUCCAUUGAUCCAGUCACCGUCAGUAUAAACUCAUGGAUCGAGCUGGAAGAGGACCACUAUGCCCGGGUGGAGGAGGCCAUCACCCGCAUGCUUGUGUGUGUGCUGAAGACUGCAGAGGACCCACACAACACCAGAGCUUGGUUGAACCCCACCGAGGUUGAGGAAACAUCCCAUGAAGUCAAUUGUCACUAUUUAAAUGGAGCUGUUUCUGCCUUUUUUGAUCAUUACAGAACAUCUAAGGUAGAAAUCCCAGCACUGAGAACAAAGAGAGAGUCCAUGAGAAAGGAAGAUUUAAACAUGUGCAACCCCAUGGAGGUGGAGCAAACAGGUAGCCAGAACUUGACCUUGGGAACAGAACUGGCGGCAGCAAGCCCGUUUGGUCCUGAUCUGGUUCUUGUAGCACCGAGCUCUAGAGAACUGCCCUCAGAAAGAGGGGGUCUGCGUGAAAGUGAUAGUAAAGACUUUGUCGGCAAAGGUGGAGAACACUUUGGAAAAUCGGCUUGUACCAAGAAGCCACGAAUGAUGAGUGAAACUGAGGAUGCAGUUGUGGAACCGAUUGCUGCAGAGGGCACUAUGGCCCCUUCCCAGACAUGCAUUUCCACUGAUGACUUGCUGGACUGCUUGGUGAACCCGCAGGAGUGGACAUUAUGACAUAGCAGGAGACCCGGCUGUGUAAGGGGAGUGUGAGGAAAGAGAGACGGGGAGGCUGCCACCAAGAUACCUGAAUCCCAUUUCGUCCUACAUUUCUCAGCCAAGCAUGCCUGAGUGAGUGAAAUCACUUAUUAAAUAAAUACACUGACCCUCCAGAGGCCAGAGGGAUUAAAGAAUACAAACUCAUUAUUGCAUCUCAGUGUCAGCAUCCAUGCAUCACAGGGACAGGCUAUCCAGUAGGCACAGUGGCCAGGGCCCAUGUGAUCUCAGGGGCCCACAAAAAUGAUUUGUGUCUUUUAAAAUCAAAAGAUGAAUAUAAUCCAGCCUCGAUUACACUCAUGUUUACAUCAGCACAGUUGCAAAAUAUAAUUUUUAAUACUGUUCAUGAACUAAGGAUCCCACAAAGGCAAAAGUGCCUGGAGCCCAUGAGAGUCCAAAGCGGCUGUGGUACCCGGGAUGUCAGAAUCGGUUGCAGAAAAUGCAGGUGUCUGGGCACACUGUGGAGCUACAGAAACUGGCUCCUUUGGAAUGGGCCAGAACUUGCUGUCUCAACAAACACUUCAGGUGAUGCAAAUACCAAAGUAGUUUAAGAAUCUCUGGCCCUAGGGUAGACCACCAAGACGUAUCAGUCUCCAAGUGGGCUUGUUUUAGAAGGGACCUCCAGUUGGCAUCAACUGGCUCUUCACACUUACUAAACUAAACCUGUACUCUGCCCUUCCUUGUAAUUUUCAGCCAAAUACUGUUAAUCCUCUGAGGAUCCCUUGAUGCUGUCAUGUUUAGUCGUGGUCUUUUACAAGGAUAAAGAAAUUUACCCACCAAAUGAUAUUUUCCAAGUAUUUUAUUCAAAAAGGAGGUAUGUGGCAUCCUCUUUAGAUUGCGGUUGACUGUAACAUUUACUGACUGCAUCAUUACACUUAGGUGCAGUACACGCUGAUAUUCCACUUUGCCCUACGUUAACCAGACCGCUGGAGAACAAGAACAGAUUAGAGAGCAGGGGCUCUCCUUUCUGUUUCUUACAUUGUCAAACCUGAGUUCAGAUACCACUGGCAGGGAAGCCAUUCUUGAGCAAUAAGGAGUCUUUGACAGUCCACUUCAAAAAUAAACAUCAACAGCAAGAAAAAUUUUAAAACGUCUGUGUUGAGGAAGCAGCAACUGGUUCCCUUAAACCUCCUCUACCUGAAGUGUUGGUGUAGCUCAGAGGAGCGACCCCUGGCGUCCAAGUGUGCCGUCGCAGCACAUGGGCCUCGCUCUGGCCUCCUGGCCUACAGAGCUCCAAAUGCAGAGACUCUACAGUGGCAACCAAGGCCAGGAGGGAAAAGCCAAGCAAACAGGAGGCUAAGUCGCAGAAUGUCUGACGUAUACCUUGUUCUAGAAGCCAUGUUCUACAGGGAGAAGCAGCGGCUUGGUGACCCAGGUAGCAAGACUGUGUAGCUGACUCAGAGCUGCUAUCGAGGGGAAGGAAUAGAGAGAAAGGAAGUUUCUCGCACUCUGAGUAUCAUUUCCUUAACUUUAAAAGGGGAUAUAAUUCCUACCUCACAAGAUUAUUUUGGGGAAUAAAAUAAGUACUGUGUGUGAAAGCACCUACCUGGCACAAUGUAGGUGCUCAAUAAAUAGAGUUUGAAUCUGAAAUUUACCUGGGGAAGUUAACAAAGAAAUUUAGCAAAUUAGCAAUAUGACUGCUUAAUUCCUUUGGUUUAUUUAUACACAAGGCUUUAAAAUCAUCAAAAGCUAGGCGGCCAAUGAAAAUAUGCUACUUAGUAACCUUAGAAUUCACUUAAUGUUAACACACAGUAGAAGGGUGUCACACUGAAGAUGGGGCAGGCAUUGUCCCACCAUUUUCACUGGGUGGAUAAAAGAAGAAUGCAGGUUUGGCUUCAAAAUAAAAAGGACCCAUUGGAGCCCGGGCUGCUGCACUGCACACCCCAUGGGGCCCAAUUCACCUAGACCACAAGCUAGACCACAGCUGGACUACAGUUUCACCGCCUGAAGGGCUGUCCCGUGUCGGGCUGCUUCAGGAAGAACCAAGUUCUCUGUUCAAUUUAAGGUGAAGUCACAGUCAGUCAAGGAUGGUGAAGACAUGAUUCCUACUCUGGAUGGGAGUCUGAUUAAGCCUUUCAUUCUUUUUUUAUUUAUUUAUUUAUAUUUUUUAUUUUUUUAAAUUUUAGUACCAUUAAUCUAUAAUUACAUGAGGAACCUUAUGUUUACUAGACUCCCCCCAUCACCAAG